UGAGCGGCCGAGCCAAUGAGCGCGGCGCCCCUGCCCGGUUCAUUUACAUUCCGGCGCGACGCAUCCAAUGAGUGCGCGGGCUCCCGGCCGCGCUGCGCUCCCAGCGGCCCCGCCCGGGCGGCCGCGGCUCAUUCGGAGAAUGGCCGCAGCCACGGCGUGCGGCUCCCCGCCUCCCCGCGAGCAGCCGCCGCCGCGGAAGCGGGGGGACUCCCGGCGGCGGCAGGCCGCCCUCUUCUUCCUCAACAACAUCUCCCUGGACGGCCGCCCGCCUUGCCCGCCCACCGAGAAGCCGCCGCCGCCCGCCGGCCCGGGCGAGGGGGAGGAAGCGGCGGCGGCGGAGCCGGCCGGAGCCCCCUCGCUGCUGCUGUCCCCGCCGCCCGCCUUCCAGCCGCCGCCCGCCCCGCUGCCGCCCGGCGCGUCCCCGCUGGCCGCCGCCGCCGGAGCCAAGGGGGAGGCGGACCCCCCCCGCGGGGGCAUCUUCUUGCCGCAGCUGCUGCUGGGCGGCCCGCUCUGCCCGCCGCCCCCCGCGCCGCCCGCCCUGCCGGGGAUGCUGGCGGCCGCCAAGCCGGGCGCCCCGGGGCUGCUCAGCCCCACGCAGAGCGCGGCGGGCGGCGGCUUCGCGCUGGAGGCGCAGCGGCAGAGGACAGCGGUGGUUGUGCUGCUUCCCCUUCUGUGUUAGGUGAGCUGUUGGCAAGAACCAAGCAUAUAUCUGGGUCUCCAAGACACAAAAGUUUGAAGAAGAUGCACUUCAUCAAGAACAUGAGGCAGUAUGACACCAAGAACAGCAGGAUAGUGUUAAUCUGUGCUAAACGAACACUGUGUGUGGCUUUUUCUAUCCUACCUUACGGGGAGAGUUUACGGAUCAGUGAUCUAAAAAUGGAAGGACAGAAGCAGCGACAUCCUUCUGGGGGAGUUUCAGUCUCCACUGAGAUGGUGCUUGGCCUGGAAGGAGUAGAGCUGGGUGCUGAUGGCAAGGUUGUGUCCUAUGCAAAAUUCCUGUAUCCGACCAAUGCCCUAGUUGUUCGCAAAGCUGACAGCUAUAGUGCUGUUCCCUCCUGUCGAGCUAGUGCUUCACGGAGUCUUCCUGGAUCAAGAUAUAAACCUGUGACAGCAAAAACAAUACCAGCAGGAACAGAUAUCGGAAGUGAAGCUGGGGAAGCUGCAGAGUAUGAUCCAAAUCUUCUGGAUGAUCCUCAGUGGCCCUGUGGAAAACAUAAACGUGUUCUCAUCUUUGCCUCUUACAUGACUACAGUCAUAGAAUAUGUGAAGCCCUCAGACCUUAAAAAGGAUAUGAAUGAAACCUUUAGAGAGAAGUUUCCUCAUAUCAAGUUGACAUUGAGCAAAAUUAGGAGUUUAAAGCGAGAGAUGCGGAACCUGAGUGAAGAGUGCAAUCUGGAGCCAGUAACUGUCUCCAUGGCAUAUGUUUACUUUGAGAAGCUCGUUCUCCAAGGCAAACUUAACAAACAGAACCGCAAACUGUGUGCUGGUGCUUGCGUUCUGCUUGCAGCCAAGAUCAGCAGUGAUCUCAGGAAACAUGAAGUCAAACACCUUAUAGAUAAACUAGAAGAGAGAUUCAGAUUCAACAGAAGAGAUCUCAUUGGUUUUGAAUUCACCGUCCUUGUAGCUUUGGAACUGGCUCUCUAUCUUCCUGAAAACCAAGUUUUACCUCAUUACAGACGGCUCACACAGCAGUCUUAACCAAAGCUAUGUCCCAGCUGACAGGCAGUGGCGCUGGGGACCGCAUCACUGAACACUGCAAGUGAACUUGCCACUGGCCUUUCUGUGCCGCUGUGUGCAUCCUGCCAUGGCUACAGCUAGUUUUGAAGUCUGUGGUGUGUUAUUAAACUGUUGAGGUGUGCAUUAUGGACGCAUAUGCCAAGUCUGGGGGACAGUCUGAGAAGAGUUGUUGAACUUUGUUUUCUUUUGGACAUGUAAAGCACAAAUAUUCACCAGUCAGCUGUCAUGGCUGCUUAUUAUUCCUUAUUUAUCUAUUUGGUUUUACUAAAACUGUUCUUCCCGAUGAAGAAUACUAUGGUAUUGUUAUUGGGUUUUAUUGUUUGUUUUUUUAAAGCCUUUAUUUUAUUCCUUGAAACUAAAGGAAGCAUCACUUGCAUUCCAGUGCACCAUAAAAUUCAGAUGUUUCUAAGAAUCUACUCACAUUUUUACAUUCAUGAAAUGCAUACUUUAUUUUUUUAAAGGUGUGCCUAAAACUGGCUGGUCUGGUACCAGUGCUUUUUAAGUUAGUUAUGUUAUUUAGUGGGAAAUCCUGAAUUUGUAUAGCCAUCUGUUCUUUACCUGCAUUGGCCUUGCAUAUAAGGAAAACAAUUCCAGUAUAUCUGCACUAAUGACACACAGGGCAUCUAUUCUCUGCUAUACUAUAGAUUGGUAAGUAUUGAAAUUACUCUGUUCCAAUUUAGUUAACUAUUAAUACCUUAAGAAUAUACUUUUUCUUUAAAUAGGAAAGAUUGUUUGAAAAUCUGUCAUGAAGUACCACAUGUUGAACAAGGUAGCUGCAGCAAAGUGAUUGCCAUCCUAGUUCACUCCUCAGUGGAAGAUGAGUGCUUGACUAAGAGCAAUUUGCUGUCAAAUGUAUAAUUUACGACUUUUUGUUUCACUGUUCUGUAGUCUGAAAUAAGCACCUUUUCAGUACGACUGUAUUAGAUAUGGUCUUAUGUGCUUUGAGCAAAUACUUACGCCAGUAGAGUUACUGCUGUCAAACCAAGCCAAUGACAUGAAGCAUGCUCAAUAUUUAAAAUGCUACUUCUUUUUACUCUGUUCUUCCAAGCAUUGCAUCACUGUGAUGGUCCUCAUAAAAACUGGCACAUCUGAACAGCCACUUAACGGCUGGUGCCCAGCAGCACUCUAAUGCUUAUGCAGAGGUUAAAUAACUUCUCUGACCAUUGGUUAUUCCUUCAUUUAUUUAUUUAUUCUUUUUAAUAUCCAAGUUGGGAAUGAACUCUCGAUUAUAUGUGGGACCUUCUGUGAUAUUGGUUCUUGGGUUUAUUUUCUGAAGCAAUAUUAUGAUACAAGUAACUGUGUCCAUUUGCAAGGAACAAAACUGAUGCUUGGCUGUUACGACUGAGAAAUUUGUGAUUUGUUUGGCGCCUAAAUUAAAUACUAGAUCUCGUACUGAGGUAACGGACUUGCUAUCUAAUAUGUAAAGUAAUGUAAAUUUCUGUUCCUUGUAUUAAAUGUUGGUCGUAGCCAAAACCAAAGCUGAAUCUUUGCUUUUCAGCUGUGUUUUGUCUGAAGCUAAUUUGGCUUCAUUAGAAUUGCAGCAAACUUUACUGGAGCCCCUUCCUCUUUAAGUAGGGCUCAAAAUGUAUUUUUCAUAUGUAAUAAUUACAGUGACUAUCAAAUCUUUUGUAACUGUGUUCAGCUGUAUGUAGGUUCAAGGUAUUUGUGUAAAAUUUAAUAUGCUUGUGAUUUAUCUCUAACACAGAAGGACUUUCCAGUCUCCAUAAGUGAGAUUGUAGCUAAUAAAUUAAACAAGCUUGCCAGUUAUCUUCCAAAAGGUUUAAGAAAAACUGCCUACUAGUUAAACUUUCUACUGAAUAUAACUGUCCUUGCAUGCAAGAAGUAGUGAUGUACUAAACAUCUAGUCUAUAAUGAGCCUUCAAAUUAGCAACCCGUGGUGAAGACAAUUGAAGUGGGCCACCACUUCCUGCAGUCAUUAGGGGAGGGGACAGAGGCAGAACUGAGCAAAGAAAUUGCUUGUGUGGUAUCUCCAGAACUAGCAAAACACUCCGGUUGGUAUGAAUGAAAUCAGAAUAUGGCUGGGAACUUCUUUUUUUAGUGUAUAAAGAGUUUUCUCUCUUUAUAUAAGUAAGAAAAUUAACUUCCUGUUCUCACAGUCUAAGGAAAAAAAACAAAACACAACCAAACCCAUACUUUGGUUUGCAGCACUUUGCAGUCUCUAUUCAGUGGAAGUUUGGUUGCAGUGGGCAUUUGGGCUGUAGUUAUGUUCCCAGAAUCUAUGGUUUCACAUCACAAAGGGCAAGCUUUUGUUUUGUUUUUCAAAAGAACAAAUUAAGAUAAGGAGCAUUAAAUUACAGAAUGCUGAAUGUUGUCUAAAGGUUACUCUAGAUGUUGGCUUGGGAACAUGCAGUGUUCUUGAGCUUAGAAGCUGGGUGUGCAGGCCAAAAACAACGCGGUGGAGCCAAUGUUGCACCAUCAUCUCUGGUAGAGUGUGGGGCCAGGGCCAUCCAGAGGUGUAGUCUGUGGCUUGUACAUCAGUGUCUCCGCUGUGGUAUCUGUGCAGAAAGUCCUUCUGCAGAGAUAUGGUAACUCAUGUGUGUGUAUAUGUUGAUUUUUCAGUUUCCGGAGUGUAGCCUGCAGUCCUGUAUGGGAAUACUUAUCUUUUCACCUAAAAGCUGCCACCAUGUGGCAAAGGACUAUUAUUACAUUACCAUUAAUAAACUGAAAGUGGGACCCAAAAUAAUACGCGGAUCUGCUGGCUUUACGUUUCCUCACAGUCCAGCUCCUCUUGCUCUGCAGGGAAAGGCUGGUUCAGGCCAAGCGGCCUAGCGCUGUGUGCCGCGUAGCGAUGCUGCUGGGAUGGCUCAGCACGGACAACUCUCUUGAUAAGAGGCUGUACAUUUUUAUGUAAACAAUACAGUUUUGGUUUUGUCUUACUCCAUUAUUUAAAAGCGUGAGUUGUAGCCUGUUCGGUUUUAUUGUGGGGUUUUUUUUUUUCCACCAUGAACUUGUAAAAUUCAGAUGCUGUGAAAUAAAACCUGUUUUGGUA